CGCGUCUGCGGCGCUCCGGCGGGGAAAGCCAAAAGCGUCGUCGUGCGUGUUCUCAGUCGAGGCCUGCGCAGAGGGCCAUGUUCGCGUAGUGUACGGCCGAGCCAAAAGAGUCGUUUAGCGUAGCCCAGCACCUGCGAUUGUUGUCGUGCCAUCUGUGCGUCGUCUGCUCGGCCAGAGUGUGUCCGUAGUGUGUAGCGUAUCGCAACCAAGCGCUCCCUUUAGUGACCAUGAUCAUGGAAAACGACAGCCAGCCCACCAACCCGGCCAGCCCCACGGAGGCGGCCCACGACCCAGGGAAGAUGUUCAUCGGGGGCCUGAGCUGGCAGACGGCGCCCGAAGGAUUACGGGAGUACUUCAGCAAGUUUGGCGACAUCACUGAAGUCAUGGUGAUGAAAGACCCCUCCACUCGGCGCUCUCGGGGUUUCGGAUUCGUCACUUUCUCAGACCCAGCCAGCGUAGAUAAAGUCCUAGCCAGCGGCCCUCAUGAGUUGGACGGCAAGAAGAUUGACCCAAAAAUAGCCUUCCCAAAGAGAGCACACCCAAAGGAAGGCCCUCCCGAAACGCUGGCGUUAGCCCUUGACGGCAAUCUAAAUAGCUAUCUUGCGUACGCUUUCGAGGAGAUGGUCACCAGAACAAAAAAAGUGUUCGUUGGUGGCCUUUCUGCGCCUACGACGCUGGAGGACGUCAAGAACUACUUCCAGCAGUUUGGAAGGAUAGAAGAUGCGAUGCUGAUGUUCGACAAACAGACCAACAGGCACCGAGGUUUCGGUUUCGUGACAUUCGAGAAUGAAGACGUUGUUGACAAAGUUUGCGAGAUCCACUUUCACGAAAUAAACAACAAAAUGGUGGAAUGCAAAAAGGCGCAGCCCAAAGAAGUCAUGAUGCCGAACAAUGUUACACGGGGAAGAGGUGCCGAACUGGUGUGGCCCUUGGGUGCCCUUACUGACGCUGGCUUCCCAGCCUACGGGUACGGCCGUGGAGGCUACCCCGGCUAUCCUGGAUUUGGCUACCCCUUCGCAGUGGAACUAAACGGGCAGCAGACCUCACCACCUCUACUAACGCAAGCUCUUUCAGCAAACAGCCCGGGCCCCAUGGACAUGUACAGCUCGAGUCAGGACAGCGUGAGCUACGUGCAGGCCACGUCACCGCAGCCAUCGGGCUUUCCUCCGCUCACCGUAAGCAUGGGCCCGUUGAUGGCGGCUGCAUUCACCAAUGGCUACCACUGAAAGAAUCAUCUGCUCUACUCUUCCUAGGAGGUGCAAGACAUACGUAGGUGGUUCUAGCCAAGGAACCUUUGAUGAGUGAACCGCAGUCAAAAAGAAGAGAGACAAAGCUUUCAGCUCCUUGGCUUCCUGUUCCUGUUUGCAAAGCCCCCGCUCGCGUGUGUGGUCUGGAGAGAAAGCUGCCGACGCUUGCACCUGGCUUCACCUGUGGUGGCGCGCCCAUGGACUCCCGUCUUAUAAUCUCGGGAGUCUUGCUUGUUUUGUUUUCUUUCCCUGUGAAGAGAGAGACAUUCUAGUUAUCGACUCUUGCUAGACUGUUCUUCUUUGUAUGACAACGACUUCUCUCCCAUUUGAGCGCUUGCAAGCCUGUCUCUUUUUUGCCGACCCUCCUUUGAUGCAUCACUUUUCAUACAAAGCAUAAUGUCAUCUGCCAGGUAUUUUCGUCUGUUCUUUUCCUGGCAAAGCACAUGAUGUCCCGAGUUCCUUUUCACCUCAAACAUUGUGAAACCAUCUCCCUCCUUAAACACCUCUAAGGCAUUAGGCAUGCAAACAGGCAGUCAUGUUUCUGCUGGCUCAAUAAUGUGCAUGAAGACGAUUAAGAUAAAUAUUAGUGCUAUAUGAAAGUCAGUUAUUGUCUUUAAAAAUGCAUUGUCCUAUUUUUCUUUCAAUUAAGUGUCACAUUCUAUAAACAUAAUUACUGGAAGUACCCUUGGUGUUACAUUUAGUCUUUUCAGUUGGUUAGGUUGUCAUGACGCUAUGUACCAUCCCUAUUGUUUCCUUUCCCGUUGCAUCGAAGUCUUUGCAUGCACAAAAACACAUAUAUAGAGCGAACCUCUUUUGUAACGUGAAGCAAUAAGUUGAGUCACGUUCCACACCACUGAACAACAUUAGUUCAACCAAGUUCAAUGCACUUCAAUGUGACGUGAGCCAUGCAUGAAAAAACAAAAUAUUUGACAUUUAAAUGACAUGAAAAUGUGUCUUCUGAAAUAUCAGUGCCAGGCAAGCUUAGUGGAUAUCUGUACUACUGAUUGUGGCUGAGCCAUCCAAGGUUAUUGAUGUGCUUGUUGGUUGUUUAUGAGGUGGUUUAGCCUCCACAUUACUCUAAAACAGACUGACCUGGUGUUUACUCACACGACGGCAGAUGAGCUGCGAACAGUCCUACAUAAUGGACUUUGCCAGGAUGCAAACGGCAGGCAAACUAUGUUUUGUGUUGUUGAUGUUGUUGGCCAUUCACAUGUUUCUCUGAAUAUGCUCAGCGACGUUCGCUGGACUCGUGGUGAUUACUAGAGGCAUGAUUUGUUGCUCUCAACGUCUGCCCCACCCGUUUCAUCGCACACCUUUCUCUACUUCACUCUGCACAUUUCCCUGUCUUGACAUUUCUUCGAACAAUAUUCCUACCCACUUUGUCUGCCAUAAAACAGCACAAACAAAAGCAAAACCAAAGUGUUGUGCACAACCCUUCCUCAAAAGCCGCAUCAUGUUUUCGUAAGCAUAUAUCUGCACGCAUGAAUGAACCUCCUAUAUCAUUGUUGUGUGUUUUAACUGUGAUGCCACACUGCUUCCAUGACAACAAAGCGCCGCGUGUCAUAGCAGUGUUUCCUUUUUAUUUUUGACCUGUCUCGAUAAGUGCACGCGAGCCACAUGUUUAUCACUACAAUGUGUGAAUGGCACGAAUGAUAAUGCAUGGAGAUAAAUGCAUUGUUUCGAUUGUUUUGCCAUUGAACAGUGCAAGCAGAACAGCUGCACAGCCAGGACAUGUAACCUAGUGUAACAGGCAGUACUAUCUUGCCAUCUUCUGUCGUUUAGCAGUUAUUUUUUCAUCCCUACCAGAAUCAUAUAAGCAGAGCUGUGUUGGUGCCUUCAUUUUACAUUAGCACACGUUCCUUUCUAACACGUUUGUGG